AACAUGACCGCCAAGUCGGACCAACUUCUUAUUGUUGUUUCUGUCCUGGAAGGUCGGCACUUCCCGAAGAGGCCGCGGCUCAGUCUGGUGGUUCAGGCCAGCUUCGAUGGCGAGCAGCUGGCCACGGACCCGGUGGAGCACCGAGACCAGCCGCAGUUCAGCACCGAGCUGGCCUGGGAACUGGACCGCAGGACUCUGCACCAGCACAGGCUGCAGCGGACCCCCAUCAAGCUUCAGUGUUUCUCCGUCGACCCGGUCAGUAAGAAGAAGGAGAACGUCGGGUACAUCGUCCUGGACCUCAGAUCGGUGCAGGAAGUCACACAGGACCCUCGCUGGUAUCCGCUGCUCAGCAGUAAAUACACCAAACAGAGACCGGCUCUCCUCCUCGGGAUGGUGCUGGAGAACGACUCCAAGGCCUCCGAUCGCGCCCCGGACGGCUUCAGAGCCACCAAGGCCCCCCCUCGACGAGGUUCUGCGUCAGUGCCUGCUCUGCUUCCUGAGCUGCAGGCCGAGCUGGUCCCAGACCAGGGGUACCAUCAGGUCGGACCUGCAGAUCUGUGCAGGGACAUGUUUGUCCUGUCCGUCACCGUGGCCUUCGCCACCAACCUGGAGCAGUUGGUUCCCAGCACAAAGAAACUGUCCUCAGAGGACUCGGGGUUCUUCUUCUACUACUCUUUACUGGGGAACGACAUCACCAGCGAGCCGUUCCAGAACCUGCUGAGUCCCAGCUUCGAGCCGGAGCGCGCCUCUGUGCGCAUCCGCAGCAGCAAAAAGGUCCUGCAGGACUUCCUGUCUCAGCAGCCCGCUUUACAGGUCCAUCUCUGCUGUGGGAACCAGUCUCUGGGCGGCGCCGACGUCUCCCUCUCGGCUCUGGCUGCAGCUUCGGCCGAUGUGGACACGAAGACGUCGACCGUGGAGGGAGCGUUCGUCCUGCAGCCGCCGAGACGCGUCAAGCUGCCGUCUCUUCCUGCGGACAUGCAGCCGACUGUGGGCGUGGCAGUUAGUCUGAGGCAGGAGGCGGGGCCUCCACAGCCUUCGGAGGAGAAAACUGCAGCUCCACGUCUCUCUGAACCUCCUCCAGCUGAGCAGAGACCUCCUCCUCUUCCUCCGUCUCCUCCUCCUCAAACCGAGAGCGAAGCAGAGAGUCUCCUGGAGGAACUCCACAAAGAGCCGGCGGGAGCGUCAGAUGAUGGAGCUCCGCUGCUCCGUCAGCUUGAGGCCACAGCAGAAGGUGGAGCGUCGUCCGUCAGCGUCUCUGCUCCUAAAGUCUCCAUCCCCGCCUCCGCUCAUCACUUCUGCUUCUCUCUGGACCUGCGCAGCUUGAGCAGGUCCAGCUCGCCUCAGCCCAUCUCGGCCACGCUCAGGUACUCGUACCCGUUCUUCGGCAGCGCCGCUCCCAUCAUGACCAACCCUCCUGUGGAGCUGCAGAGGAACAUGGAGGUGUCGCUCCCUCGGUCCUUCUGCGCCUUCGACUUCGCCGCGCUGCCUCAGCAGCUGCACGACACGUUCCUCAGAGUUCCUCUGGUGGUGGAGCUCUGGCACCGAGGCUCCACCUGCAGAGACCAGCUGAUUGGACGAGCCUCCGUCCUGCUGUCUCACCUGCUGAGCUCAAACAGAACCAGAACCGUUAGACCCUCAGGAGAGCAGGUCUGGAGACAGACCCAUCAGGACCAGAUCCCUGUGGUCCACCCUCAGAGGUCCUCAGAGAAGGUGGCAGAGCUGAGCUACGAGGCGGCGCUGGAGGACCUGGGCUUCAUCCGACCCAAACAGGUGGUGCUGUCGGACUCCUCACAGAACGAGCUCCCAGCCGACCCGCAGCCGCCUUCCCGCCCGGUACCAGCAGAACCGUCGGCCCGCCUGUCCACCAGAGACACGCCGGAGUACCGAGCAGCUCUGGAGCUGGAGCUGUGGAAGGAGGAGCAGGAGGUUCUGUUCGAUGAUCAGCUGAAGGAGAAGGAGCUGAGACACAUGCAGGCGUUGGCAGCGGAGUGGAAGAAGAGAGACGGAGAGAGAGAAGCUCUGGUCAGGAAGAAGGAGCUGGAGUUCAACCUGCUGGAGGAGAAGCUUCAGAGAACUCUGUCAGACCUGGAGAAGAGAGAGAAACAUCUGGCUGAGGCCGAGCUGCAGACGCAGCGGCUGCAGCGGGAGCUCCGAGCCGAACACGAGCUGACCCUGAAGGAGCUGCAGGAGGCGAGCCGGAGGCUGCAGAGGGAGAGCGACCACCGGGUGGAGCUGGAGCGGGAAAAGGUCCGGCUGAUGGAGGAGGAGCGGGCGCGGCUGCUGCAGCAGAUCGCAGACGGAGAAGCGCGUUACAAACAGCUGGAGAGAGAGUUCCAGAACUACAGGGAACAACAGAACCUCCGACCCGAAGUCGGACUGCAGUCAGAACUCAACCUGCUGACCCUGGAGAAGGUGGAGCUGGAGAGGAAGCUGGAGUCCAGCACCAAGUCCAAACUGCACUACAAGCAGCAGUGGGGGCGGGCCCUGAAGGAGCUCGCUCGCUUUAAACAGCGGGAGCAGGAGAACGCCAUGGCGCGCCUCAAGAAGCAGCAGGCGGAGCUGGAGGCCAUGAGGCUGCGUUACCUAGCAACAGAGGAGAAGGAGGCGGUCCGGCAGGACCGGCAGGAGCUGGACGACAUCAGGAACGAGCUGAACAGGUUGAAGAAGCAGGAAGAGCGAUUAGACCCCGCCCCCAGUUCCAACCUGAACGAGAGCGCCGAGGAACACCUGAGCCGCCUGCUGGAGGAGAGAGACACGCUGCUGAGGACGGGAGUGUACACGCACGAAGACCGGAUCAUCGCCGAGCUCAACAAGCAGAUACAGGAAGCCCUAAGGGACAAAAACCUCUGA